CCUCAGAGUCACAAGCCAUCUGACCAGCGCCAUGGCUUCCCCGAGGGAGCUUCUGCUGUCCCUGACCCUAGUCUGGGCGCUGGUGCUGCUGGGAGGGACAAAGGGGGCUGGUCCCGAGGGUCCCUGCGAAGCACAAGUCCGAUAUCGAGAGAGCAGCGCGGAGACUGGCGGCAGCUGGCUUGGCACAAUUGCUCUGCUCAGCAGUGUUUGUGCCACGUGGCUUUUUGUUUUUUACGCAAUCCAUUGCCUAUGUGCCAGCAAGGACCGGUGCAGCCAGGGACUAGAGGGGGACUGCGACCUGCGUUGGAAGGUGAGGGAACAUCUACCUGUCUUCCUGUGUACCUACUGUCAGAGGGAGCCGGCAGAGAGAACAGGUUGUUUGCAGAACAGAGAAAGACUGGGAAACACUGGUUAACUUUCUUUAUUAAGGAAGCAGAACAGAGAACACACAGAGACUUCUAUGGGUUUCUCCUGUCUUAGCAGUUGUCCGGACUGGCCUGUAACUCCCUGCUUCACUCUCUAACCCUCUGUGUCAGGCCUCUUCCUCUGUCUACGGUGAGACUCAAAGGACCCUCUCUGUUUCUGCUCGGUGACAUGCAGUAGACACCUUGAUCUGGGAGUUUGUGGGGCUUGCAGGCUGCCAGCAGAAAAGCUCUCAGGGUGUUUCUGCGGUGGAGAUAACAAUCUGAUUCCUGUUGGCUGGGGCACCUGCCUGUUUUCCCCCCUUCCAAGCUCCCAGCAUCUAGCACAUCCCAGUUUUCCCCCUCUUCUGAGGUGUGACUGGUUUUCCACCACCAGGAGUCUGGAUCCACAUUCUCUCCCUGGGGGAAAGGUGGCUCAGGUGGGCUUCCACCUUGGUCAGGUGGCUUCAGGGCCAUCUUUAGCAGGUGCAGCGCUGGGGUGCAAAUAUCCACCCAGCGCCCCCAAGUUACCAUGGAUAGUGUUGGGGUGGCUGUAGCUGCGCACUGCCAGCCAUCGAGGAGGGGCACAACUCUCCCCCGUGCCGCUGCAGGAGAGCGAUCCCCGCAGAGGCUUGGGAGUAAAGUUGCGCCCCUCCCAAGCCUCCUCGAGAGGAGAGCGAUCCCUGCAGAGGCUUGGGAGGGAAGCUGCGCCUGCCAGCCUUAUGGUUGGUGGGGCGUAGUUGGCGGGCGUGCAGGGAAAGGGGAGGCCGCCGGCAAAGCCAUGCAGCUCCCCCACUUGCUGGGGUGCCUCUGAGAAGCCAGCGCCCUGGCGCGAUGCACCACUAAGCCCUAUGGGAAAGAUGGCGCUGGCUGGCUUCAUCACUCCUCAUCUAGCCAGUCCUUGACACCGACCUUCCCAUCCAUCUGCCCCAUUCAUCUUCCGUCUUUCCUCCAAGGAGCUCAAGGUGGCAAACGUACUUCUCUCCCCCCCCCCAUCUUAUCCCCACAACACCCCUGAGAGGUAGGUGAGGCUGAGAGGCAGUGACUGGCCCCCGAGGUCACACCCAGUGGGCUCCAUAGUGAGUGGGCAUUUUAACCCCAUUCUCCCAAGUCUUGGCACGACACUCUAACUGUGACACCACACCGGCAGGAAUCAGCGAGAAUCGACUACUUUAGAAGGAAGCCCUAGCCUCUGCUGCUCAUGCAUUGGCGAUCUCUGGAAUAGGCUACUGCUGUGCUCUCUCUAUGGGGCUGCCUUGGAUGACAGUAAAGAAACUUCAGCGGGCGCAAAUACAACUGUUUCAUAUUAUAGCAGAUGCACCGUUUGCAGGUGGAUUUUUGGGCCCAAUUUUAAGUGUUGACCUUUAAAAUUGUAUAUGGAGUAUUAAAUGUGCCAAACGUUAUUUCAUCUCCCCCAACCUUAUCAUACUUAGCAGAAUAUGUCUGUCCCACCUGUAUUCAUUCAAAAACAUGUGGUUUUUGUACACAUUGUUUUUCCUCUCCAAAAGCGGGCAUUUUUACAAGCCAACGUGCACCUUAAAUAAAACACACACCCCCAAAUUUGGAAUAUUUAUAAAUGAUUUAAACAGCACAGAUUCCACCCUGGGAUAGGAGGAUCCCACUGUUCACUUCCUCCUUUUUUUGCAAGAACUGUCCUCUUGUUCCUACCAAGAUUCCUGCUCUUUGACCAGUUAUUCUUAGCAUAACAAGAGGAUCUGCCCUCUUAUCCCAGGACUUAUUGCGCUUACUCAGGAGCCUGGGGUGGAGAGACUAUGCCAAAAGCCGUCUGAGGGUUUGCUGGAUCCCUCGUGCCUGGAGAUUUAGGGAAGGCUGGCAAGAUCUGCCUCUCAGCCACGCUUGGAGCCUUUAUCCAUUGAUGGUACAUUUCUCAGGGGCCUUCUAUAGGGGCCCGCAUGCUUGUGGUGGGUGGGGCCACAGUCAAAAGUGAGUGGGGUCCUUUUCUUCUCUUCCACUUCCCCCCAUUUUUCCUCUCCCCAAAACGAGGCUUGCAUGAAUUGGGCUGAGGUUGGCAGCUGGCCACCAUGGCUAGCUUCAGGCUGCCCACCCUUCUCCUGUGUGUUUGGCCACCCUAUCCUCAGAAUGCUAGGACUGUAGAGUUGGAAGGGACCACCAAGGGUCAUCCAGCCUGACCCCCUUGCAAUGCAGAAAUCACAAUCAAAGAAUCCCCUGGGGACAAGUGUUUGUUCUGACUGGUCUGUUGCCUCUCCUCUUCCCCAAGCAGGGCAGCCAGGCAGCUUGUGGGGAAGGAGAAGAGAACCACCUCACUGCAUCUCAGGAGCUGGCCUGCACCCGGACCAGGGGCACGUCUCGCAAGCCGGUCUGCAGCCAGGCCCAGCAAGCCUACGCCCGGCAGCUGGCCUGCAUGGAGCAAGAACUGGAAGGCUUCCUCUCCGAGGUGAGGAACCGGCGGAACGCCCUCGGAGACAUCGUGGUGGAGGAGAGGUGCCCCCAGAACACGGAGCGGGGCCAAGACAAGCUGCGCAUCACUGUCUACGAGAUCUCAGACACCGAGGGGGCCGGGCGGCCACAGCAGAGAGGACGCAGGCGGAAGAUGCAACUUUCAUAUUAAUUAUAUAAAAAAGACAUACAUGAGAGCUG